AUGCCUUUCGACGAAAAUUUACCUUUAAUUUUGGCUACGGACGCUUCACCAACAGGGUUAGGAGCGGUUCUUUCACACAUCUUACCCGAUGGCACCGAGAGACCUAUAGCUUUCGCUUCAAGAUCUCUUAGUAACUCAGAGAAAAAUUAUAGUCAGAUCGACCGCGAAGCAACUGCGAUUUAUUGGGGAAUGAGGAAAUUUUUCCAUUAUUGUUACGGUAGGAAAUUUACUUUAAUCACGGACAACAAACCUCUUACAUCGAUUUUACAUCCCAAUAAAGACCUACCAGCUACGUCAGCGGUGAGACUUUUGCACUAUGCCAAUUAUCUAUCCGGAUUUAACUACGAUAUCAAGUACAGGAAAACUGAAGAUCAUGCUAACGCUGAUUUUUUGUCCCGAAUGCCCCUGGCAAAUACGUGCGAUAUUGCGGACAGCGCUUCGAUUUUCCAGAUUAGUCAGCUGGAGUUUCUUCCUGUUACUCGGAAAGAAAUACAAAAGGAAACGACGAAAUGUCCCGAACUGCGACAACUCAUACUAGCUAUACAGACGGGAACACCUCUUCCUGACAAUCGUAAUAUAUCCGACUACACCAUUCAGGAUGGAUGUCUUUUCAAGGGAAUCCGAGUAGCUAUUCCAGCGAAAUUAAGGAAACCAAUUUUGGACGAGCUACACGCAGCUCAUACUGGAGUGGUAAAGAUGAAAGCGUUGGCCAGAAGUUACGUUUGGUGGCCAUCCAUCGACUUGGACAUCGAAAGGCUUGCCCGAGCAUGUCUGAGUUGCAGCCGAUAUAAAAACAACCCUCCCAAAACGAACACUCACCCGUGGGAGUACGCUACAUCUCCCUGGCAGAGGAUACAUAUAUCGAUUACGCUGGUCCGUUCCAGGAUACAAAUCUUUUAA